GAUUGUUUCCUCUUUCUGUAAUGUCACCUGGGACAGGAAGAUUCUUCAGUGACUGGAGUAGCAGUGGGGAAGCUUCCUUCAGUUUUUGCGUGUGUCUCACUGGUAUGUAGUUAUCAACACUUACAUUAUGGCCAUCAUGGGCACAGUGGUUAAAGCAGUUGUCGGAUAUAACAACCCAUCCCCUUGAAACCCUUCUGCAAAGUCAUGUAAAACGUAUCGGGGAUCCUUACUGCACUCUGUUUGAGAUGACACAAAUAUCCAGCUCAAUGGAAUUCUUUCAAUGGGUAAAUUGCUACUCCUCCACACACUUCCUCCAAGGCGUCUUAUCUGAGAAGACACCAUCUUCUGGGGAGCACCUAGCUUGCCAGCUCGGACAAACAAACUAGAAUACCAUUCGCAUGCGGUGAGUCUUUGUCAGUGCCAUCUUCUGCUGUACUUGUAUCUGUCAGCGUGCCCAAGAGCUGGGUUUCUCCAUCUUCCUUGAUUAACAUCACUGGCUGCCAGGUGAUCCUCAACAAACUGGUCAAAGGCAGCACAAACUUAAAGUGGACAAUCCCUGAUGCAAUUCCAAAGCAAUGUCUGCUGCCAUUCGAAAAGUGACUGCAAAACUAUGGGUCUGUUUUUGCUGCCACCUUUCAAAGUGAGUUGAUAAAAAUAGGUCAUACUCAAGUAAUGCCGGUGUUCACUGGCUUUUGUCGCUAGUCUAAUCAUUGAAUGAAAUGGAAACCUCUCCAGCAGUAUUGGAAUGACGUCGAUGAGUUUCAUCAUGUAGGGGGUCAAGUUUCUGGGACCGUAAGUGAAGGACAUCAAACGGUGGAAUUUGUCUACGUGGCUCGGUAGGACUUGAUGUCGUUUGCAGAAAGACCAAAUUUGAAGUUGUUCUCAGUCUUACUAUGGGGAUCGUCAUUAGGUGCCUUUGGAUAAACCAGAUCUAUUGUCAGCAAUUUAUACAUUUCCCAUGAGUGUAGAUGUAUCAUUUGAAGUAGGCUCUUGUAUGCUACAGUCUGAUGUUUCAGGCCAAGAAAAGCCACUACAUCCUGCGGCAAUGGUUGAAUGUACUCACAUCAGGGAUGACAUUAUCUAGACGAUCUGAAUAGUGUGCUUCCUGCCCAAACUCCAACGGGGGGAGCUAGGAUGACUUCCGCACUUGUGGUAUUCAAGGUAAAAUCCCGCAGGUCUCCACUGUCAUCAAACUGAAGGGUAUAUGUAUGCCCUCUUUGCCAUGAUGGACGUCUCACGGUCUGCAAUGUUGGAAACUAACUACCCUCUACCGCUUACCAUGUUUGCCAAAGGCAUGCAAUGUGAUAUCUGAAAUGAUAAGUAUGAGAUGUUUAAUAAGCUUCUUGACGAUUCGGGAUAUUGUACGAUUGGGAUCUACAACGAUGUAGUCUUUAUCAAUGGGUAUAGAAGUCUGUCCUCGUGUGCAAUCUAAUGACAGUCCCACAGUUGAUCUUCCUGUCAACAGAUCAAACUUUCCUUUGUCUCCUGCAUCCAUUGCCAUAAAAAGAUUCCACCCGUCUGAUGUGGUUGGACCAAGUUUACCCCCAAAUACUGCGUCAUAAAACAUUGAAUCAGCUGAAAGAUAAAUACCUGUCCCAUUGACUUCAUUGACUGAACAAACUACCCUCCUUGUUCACUCAAAUUUGCCUCUUGAUUGGGCCUUGUAUCUUUCAGAAAGAGGUUGGUCAUCCAGACCUCUUUUGGGCUGUGCAGUUUCACGCCAUUAAGAACCUGUGAGUUGUUGAUGCAAGUGAGGCCAAUUAAACUUGCUAGCAUCACCAAAGAGACGUCACUUCUCUUCUUGACUAAGCCAGUGGUACAGAUAGAGAAGACGGUGCCUCAGUCGUGUAGGGUCAAUGGACAUUCCAGUUGCCGUCCUUCAUUUAGAAUUGAUCAUUGCUUUCAGCCUUCAACUUUUCCUUACUGAAGUGAAAAAUCCGGGCACAAUCAUAUGUAAAUGACUGAGGAUUUCUCCAAAGCUCAUGGUGUCCACAGUCAUGAGGAGUAUUUUUUCAGCUGACACAUGGAAAUGGCGCGAGGCGUGACCGGUUACUAAUUCUUUGAACAAGCUCAUUUUGCUGCCAUUCAAUUUUACUGAAAUGUUCCUUAAAAUAUCUAUGACAUCUUCAGUGCAGAGCUCGGCGUUCCAUUGUUGGUCUGCGGGCCCCAAGCCUUGGUGUAUUUUCCUUUACACCCAUCGCCAAAGCCAAGCAGAAAUCUUCCCUCCGUUGUGCACCGAUGCAGCAAUGUUAGCAAUUUCCCUCUCUUCGUUUUCUACGAGUUCUGAAAGCUUUAGUUAGGCCAUGUUCUGGCAACCUGGCUUCUGCUCUGAGUGUGAUGGAAGAUAGAGCACACCUCCCAGCAUGGUGUUGCCUAUUUAGCUCAGGCUGACAAAGUCUAAAUUCAUUCAUUUCUAUGUCGUCUUCAUAUUAUACAUGGUGAUCUAUGUUGACCUUAGCUUCAGCACUCGCUUUAUCUUCAUCUCUGAUUCCAACAUGAUCAUGUUCGGCCUCGACCCUGUUAUCAGGGUGAGGAAACCCUCCUGUCAGAGAUUGAACACAUCGUUCUCUUAGUGGCAAUCAUUGAGACAGAGAAGGCUAUUUGUCUUUCUUCGGAAUUCCCAUAGUUUGUGUGAAAGACAGCAAAGAAAAGCAAGAACUGAAGCAGAGAUGACAGCGCAAGUGGCUGGCACACAUAAACAGGGCAGACAUCUCAGUGGAAAAGAUUGGAAAUUAUCGAGUAUGUUCUGAACAUUUCAUCACAGCUAAGAAGUGUCUUCCACCACAAUGGACAAUAAGAAGCACAGCGUGCUGUUUAUUUGCCUGGUUAUUCUCGUCCUGGCAGAGUUCAUCAUGACGCUCUUCGUCAACGCUUUGGCCGGUAUAGGGUCCAGCGGAACCAGUAUAGAUUGGUUUCUGAAUAGCACCGGGGAAAUUUCCGACUACUACUAUGUAGAGAUUACACCAGCUGGAUGGACCUUCACGAUCUGGGCUUUCAUCUAUACCUACCAGGCCCUCAUCGUCUUGUACUGGCUCACCUCCAUCUGCAGGCGUAACAAGACUGGCUAUGUAUACCGCAGCCCCGCCGUCAUUACCCCGGUCAUGCUGGUUCUUUACGCCAUCAACCUAGUCCUGAACAUGACAUGGCUGUUCCUAUUUGACCGCCAGUACUUGCCGGCCGCCGUGGUUGUCAGCGCCUUCCUGCCGACCACGCUCUGCAUCAUUCUCUUCAUGAACCAUCGACUGGUGGAUCAACACGGCUACGACUUGGUACACAACAAGAGGGGCGACCUUGUUGCCAUCCGGGCAAUCAUCCAAAACGGCAUGGCAUUUUACGCCACAUGGGUCACCAUAGCAACUCUUCUGAACCUGUCCAUCGUUCUCAGCUAUUGGGGAGGGAUGGAGCAGUCCACGGCGUGCACCAUCAGCCUCUCUAUCCUAUUGGUGGAGGUCUUGCUGUAUUCUGUCCUGGAGAAUGUCGUGUGGGAGAGGUACCUCCGCUACACCUACACCGUCUGGCUGGUGGUCAUCUUCGCCCUGAUCGGCAGCAUCGCCAAGAACUGGAACGUGGAGAAAACUAACUCCAUUUUUUCGGUCGUGCUGUGCGGCUUGGCCUUUGCACUGUUCCUGAUCAAGCUGGUGGUGAGCGUGUGGCGGACUUUCACAUACCCACUCUACGCUGAAUCGACGUCCCUGUCAAAAGAGGAGCUGGCCCUGGCUUAGAGUUACCUGUGCUGCAAAAAAGAUCCCACAGUACAGACCCUAAGCAGAAACGGUCAUCUAAACUCUUACGGCUGCACCAUGGGGAAAAAUGACAGACCAACAAACAUUACUUCCUCAAACAAAGGAAAAUGAAUUGCAUCAUGAUGGGUAGGAGAGUGAUUGAGACCAACACCAGUGAUUACUAGAAUAUUGAUCCCAUUGUAUAGCAAACACAGAGUGUGGAAAGCUUAAACUUGUGUCUCGCACUGAACACAACUCACUGAGAUGUAUUCGCCUGUUUGUCAUCGUCAACCGUGUAUAUACUAUACUUAAUAUUCCAUGAUUUUAAACUAUUUCAAGCAACUAUUGUAAACUAGCUUAUAUAUGGAGUGCAACAAUUUUUGAAUUAACUGAUUUAGUGAUGAAUAAAUACUACAUAGCAUGCUGUA